GCCCAUUCAUUCAUUGAUUCUUAACUCUCACUGUAAACCCUAAUUUCAAUGGCGCCCACAUCUUCUCAUCCUCCUUACUUUGAGAUGAUUAAGGAUGCAAUUGUGACAUUGAAAGAUAGAACAGGAUCAAGUAUUCCGGCGAUUUCCAAAUUUAUUGAGGAGAAAUACAAGGAUUUGCCGCCCAAUUUUAAGAAAUUACUGUCCGUACAGUUGAGAAAAAAUGUUGCUGCUGAGAAGCUUGUGAAGGUCAAAGCUUCUUACAAGUUGCCGCCGAAGAAUGCGCCGGCCGAUUCAUCUGCUCCGGCGCCGGCUAAAAAAAUUCCGGCGAAAUCUACAGGCGGAGCAAAACCUAAAGCUAAAGCUAAGGAUAAGACUAAACCAGCUGCUAAGCCGAAGGCAGCCGCGGCUACAAAAGCCAAGCCGGCUGCUAAGCCGAAAGCAGCCGCGGCUACAAAAGCCAAGCCAGUUACCAAGCCGAAAGCCAAAGCGGCAGUUAAACCUAAGGCGGCUGUGAAGCCGGCGGUGAAGGCAGCUAGGAAAUCGACCAGAACGACGCCGAGUAAGGCAGCUGCGGCGAAGCCGGCGGUGAAGAAGGCGGCGGCUAAGAAGCCAGCUGCGCCGAAGAAAGGAGCCGCGGCUACAAAGAAAGGAAAGAAGUGAGAACGUAGAGGGGUUGUUAGUGUAGUUUUGUUGGUUUUGUAGGAGGUUGUUGUGUAAAUUUAGAUUUGACUAGCGGUGGAUUGGGGUGUAUGGAUGGAUGUUGAUUCUUUGUGUUUUACAGGAUAUUUGGAUCUUUUUUAAUAUUUUGUCAUCGAAAUCGAAAUCUCAUCGAUCUGUCUUAUCAAA